AUGAACAUCCUACCGAAGAAGAAAUGGCAUGUCAGGACGAAAGAAAAUGUCGCGCGUGUGCGGCGCGACGAAGCCAAGGCGGCGGAGGAGGAGCAGCGACGGCUCGACCGCCAAAUUCUGGCUCAGAAUGAACGACGGCUGAAUCUCCUCAGAGACAAGGCCGAAACAAGGUUCUCUCCCACCUGAAUCUGAAAACAUCCAUUUGCUCAGAAUGGCCGACAUGUUCGGCGUGGCGUCUAGUUCCACCAAGGAUGUCAGCAUUUCCAACGAAUCCGGCCAUGUUAAUCUUUUUCAAGUAAUACUUUCUUCCAUUAAUUUUUAGGUUCUCAAAAAACUCGAAUCUUUCCGAAAAAGUCUAUUGUAUAUUUCAGGACCUGGAGAGAGAGGAAAGGAAAAAUUUAGCCGGUGGAAAUAAGGAGUACGAUGAGGAGAAAGCCCGCGAGAAAAAGGAAUGGGAAUCCAAAAUGGGGAUCCAGGUGUAUUUGGCCGACGGCAGCAGUGAACUAGACAAAAAGGUAAGUUUUGCUUAGGGAUUUUUAGAGUGGUCUCUGUAGGGUUUAGUGGUCGAAAAGGUGGUCCAAAAAGGGAAAAAUCAAGGUGGUCCCUAUAGGAGUUUUGGAUUUGAUCCCUCAGUCCCUAAAGCUUGAGUGGUUCCUAGAGGGGUCUUUCAAUUUUAUUCAAAAAAGGUUAUUUUGUUCAAUUUUUCGCAUGUAAAUGCUUCAUGAAAAUUAUCGACUAGCAUGUCUCCUAUAGGGUCCACUAACUAAACACCCUAUAGAAGCCACUUUGGCAAGCUUUAGUGACCCCUAUAGGGGUUGGUAGUGAUCCCUAGAGGGGGCCCUCCAAGAGCUCCUAAGGUUGCCCCUAUGGGGACCACUCUCCUCAUUUUAUGAAGUUUUUUUCAGGGUGCAUGGUACGAGAAGAUGUCGUUUCGGAAAGCGCCUGAGAAGAAAGUAAAUUCAUCAACGGAUUGCAAUAGAAAAUGUUGUAUUUAAGAAUGCGACCCCAGUUCCGAAGCUACCAAGUCUCGUUAUUGAUACGCAACAGAAAAGUACAGAAAGUGAGAGGAAGAAGAAAAAGAAACGUCGGAGAACUUCGAGUUCUUCAUCCGACAGUGGGAAGCACAAGAAGAGCAAGAAAAAAAGUGCUGAAGAUUUUUGCCUUGUACCGCAUCUUUCUUAUUUUAAGAGAAGCAUCGAAGGAAGAAUGAGUCUGAAGACGAAGUGGAGGCGAAGAAGGAAGAGAAGUUGCGACUCGCUCAGCUCCGCGAGGAACGAAUCAAACGAGAGCGCCUCGAGGUUUCUUUUUCCGAGAAGCAGAAAUAAAUGAUGACUUCCAGGCCGCUCGAACUCAUGCCCUGUUGAACCCUGAGGCGGCAAAGAAGAACGAACCAACCAAGCCGAAAUACAACUCGAUGUUCAACCCACAUUUAGCUCGAUAA